AUGGGAAUUGAGCAUGAGCUGGUUGUGGUUGAUGAGUUCGACGCCUUAUCAAUCGAGUUGAGGAAACCAAAUGAGCCAUCAUCAUCAUCGUCAUCCUUGAGGGCUGCUCCUAUCGAGAAGUAUCCAGCCAAAACCCAUGCUAGGAAGGUGGCCGACAAACUGGGGGUAGACAAGGGCCUCAUCUACCUCCAGGGCAAGCCAACAACAACGUAUGAAGACUCAGACAUGGAGCCACCCUUUCGUCAGAGGCGCUACUUCUACUACAUGUCGGGCGCCGACUUCCCCGAUGCCCACCUGACCUACGACGUCGCAACAGAUCAACUACUACUAUGGAUCCCCACCCGCCAGCCAAGGGAGGAGCUGUACCUGGGUCGCAUCCCGAGUCGGGAGGACUGCAUGUCCCGCCUCGAUGUUGAUGACUGCCGCGACGUCGUCCAGAUGGCCCGCUUCAUCGCCGCCCACCUCAAGCAUCACCCGGGCACUACCCUCUUCCUGCUGCACUCUGACCAGGCUCCUGGCCUCGACGACCUGCCGGUCCAGUACACCGGUCGCCGCCUCGACAUUGGUCGCCUCCGCCUCGCCGUCGACGCCGCCCGUGUCAUCAAGACGCCCUUCGAGGUCCGCCAGAUCCGCCGUGCCAACCAGGUCUCCAGCGAGGCCCACCGCGCAGUGCUCCGCCAGAUCCGUCACCUGCGCAGCGAGGCCGACGUCGAGGCGGUCUUCGUCGCUGCCUGCCGCGUCCGCGGCGCCCGCAGCCAGGCGUACAACCCCAUUGCCGGCGCGGGCGCCAACGCCGCAACGCUGCACUACGUCGACAAUGCUGACCCGCUAAAGGGCAGGCAAACGCUUGUCCUCGACGCUGGGUGCGAGUGGGACUGUUACGCCAGCGACAUCACGCGCACCAUGCCCGCCGCGGGUCGCAAGUUCUCUCCCGAGGCGCAAACCAUCUACCGAAUCGUCGAGAAGAUGCAGAACGCCUGCAUUGACAUGGUGCGGCCGGGCAUGUCGUACCUGUUCAUCCAGACCACAGCCCAGAUGGUGGCCAUCGAAGAGUUCCUCAAAAUUGGUCUGCUAGUCGGGGACAAGGCCAAGAUCAUGGCCUCGAGGGUGAUCUCGGCCUUCUUCCCGCACGGACUGGGUCAUCACAUCGGGCUGGAGACGCACGACGUCCACUCUGACAGGCUGCUCGGGUAUGACAAGUCAUCAGCGCCCCUGUGGCUGGGCAAGAGGCUUGUGAUGAGCGUUGAGCAGUGCGACAGGGUCGCUGAGCUCAUGGUCACGACCCAACAGCAGGGCGCGGAAGCGAGGGAUGCAUUGUCGGAAGGCAUGGUGAUUACCAUUGAGCCGGGCAUAUACUUCAACCGGCAAUACAUCGAGGCCUUCUGCAGCGACAUGCCCGAGCGAGCCUCGUUCAUCAACAAGAGCGUGCUGGAUCGUUAUUACCCUGUUGGAGGUGUGCGAAUCGAGGAUGAUAUCCUGGUCACGGCAGAUGGUUACGAAAACCUCACCACCGCCCCCAAGGGUGAGGAGGCGCUGCGGAUCAUCAACGGGGACGACGUGGAGGCCGACACGGUCCUGGUGUAA